AUGUUACUUCGUUGGGGGUCCUGGAGCUGCCACGCCUUCGCCCGAAACGUGUUGAGAGGACUCACUCCAGGACUCACUCCAGGACUCACUCCAGGACUCACUCCAGGACUCACUCCUGGACUCACUCCUGGACUCACUCCUGGACUCACUCCAGGACUCACUCCUGGACUCCUGGACUCACUCCAGGACUCACUCCUGGACUCACUCCAGGACUCACUCCUGGACUCACUCCUGGACUCACUCCAGGACUCACUCCAGGACUCACUCCAGGACUCACUCCAGGACUCACUCCUGGACUCACUCCAGGACUCACUCCUGGACUCACUCCAGGACUCACUCCUGGACUCACUCCAGGACUCACUCCAGGACUCACUCCAGGACUCACUCCAGGACUCACUCCAGGACUCACUUCUGGACUCACUCCUGGACUCACUCCUGGACUCACUCCUGGACUCACUCCAGGACUCGCUCCAGGACUCGCUCCAGGACUCGCUCCAGGACUCGCUCCUGGACUCGCUCCUGGACUCGCUCCUGGACUCGCUCCUGGACUCGCUCCUGGACUCACUCCAGGACUCACUCCAGGACUCACUCCAGGACUCACUCCAGGACUCACUCCUGGACUCACUCCAGGACUCACUCCAGGACUCACUCCAGGACUCACUCCAGGACUCACUCCAGGACUCACUCCUGGACUCACUCCAGGACUCACUCCAGGACUCACUCCAGGACUCACUCCAGGACUCACUCCAGGACUCACUCCAGGACUCACUCCAGGACUCACUCCAGGACUCACUCCAGGACUGA